CAGAGGGCCGCGGAGCAGCUGCGCGCAUCGCGGCUCGUGGCCAGGAGAGCCUGGCAGACCCGUCCCCUGGCCUCAUCCUCCCUCUUCCUCCGCAGGGAGAUCGGGCGCCCCUUCUCAGCCGGUUCUUGAGAUCGCAGGCGCGGAGACUUGUCUGGCGCGCAGGCUGCCCGGAGGGAUGAAGCUGGCGGCGCUUUGACGAGGCUUUCUUCUCCGCGCGCGCCCAAGACAGCUCAGCAUCGGCGGGACUGGGUGCCGUGGCCGGGACGCGUCGCUUGGGUGAGUGGCAAGGGGGAGCCGCGCGGUUGGGUGCGCCCUUGCUCGCUGGCGCACAGGGAGCCAGACAGCCAGAGUUUCCCCAGACGAGUGGCUACUCGCUACCGUGGCUGGUUCUUAACAUUUUGAUGGUAAUAACGCUCAGCAGUAGCCUUUUCUCCUCUCUAUCUCACUCUGCCUCUUCCUGGAGCACCUGUGGAGCACCUUCUGGAACCGCUUGUCGUGGCGUGUAUUGGGGAGGUGGCAAAAGGAAUAAAAGAGCGCGCGCGUUCUCCUUAAUCGGGAAUAAGUUUUCCUUGCUAGACGCAGCGACAGCUCACCCCCUAAUUUGAUUUUUGGAAAUAAGGCCUGGUGAGUUGACUCGGAUUUAACAAAAUUCCAGGUCUCUCCCCUCCCCCCCCCCGGUUUUGGGAUCUGCACGCAUGCAAAUCUCCAGCCCAAAACACACCGGGAAAUGCCACUUUUGUAUAAAUGAGUUUCGAGCCUGUCAAAGGCCACAGGCGGUGAGGAUAUUUUGUAGCAUCCUGAGAUGGCCAUUUCCCACCUGCGUAGCGCUGAGUGGAAGAAGCCUCUGUCCUUUCAUGCUGGAAAAUAGAAGGGUGUAGGCGAUUGUGGUGUUUUUUUUUGGGGGGGGGCAUGUAUCCUGCCUUAAUUUGGAAAAAAAUGUCUCCUCAAACGUGCAAGGUUCUCUGUGUUUGGACAGCAAGACCAAAACACACGACAAAUUCCUGGUCAACGCAGUUCUGUACCGUGAAAUAUACUCUUAACAAUGAACACAGUUUUAUGCUAGUGUACGCUGGGCAAAGUAAACGUUUCAGUGAUUUGUAGAUCGGCGCGUUCCUUUCCAGCUAUCAUUCCUUCUCGCCAUACCAUACUCUGCGACAGUAUGAGUUUACCGGCGCACUUCCAUUGUCUCUGGAGACAGACGGAUGCCAACAAAUAGUUACCGAAUAAAAUGGGAUUGGGACUAGAGGGGAAAGAUAUCCACCAAUCUACAAAUCGCCGAUUUGCAUUCAUUUAUUUUAAUUGCAUUUAUAUCCAGCUAACGUGGCGCACUAGGAAAUCCAGUAAAUCAACGGGACUUUCAGAAUUGGGCUUAGCGUGGCAGCCGGAGUCCCCAGCAGUCUCCAAGCUCAAAUCAGGACACCAAUGUGCGCCUUUCGGGGAACUGCAAGUGUGACGGCUGCUACUUUCCCAGAGUUUCAUCCUUGAAAAGGCAGCGGAAGAUGGUUUUUAUUCCGAGUAGACUGGCCUCUAACAAGGGAAACAAUACAUGAAAUUAAAUUCUUUUCAGUGUUUUAAAAAGCGUGGCAGGAUCAUCAUCUUUACUUGAACAGGAGUGAUAUAUAAUAUACACAGUGUAACACGCACACACAUUAAAAGCUUCCAAAAGCGUCCUAUUUUGCAGGGUCUUUCGACAAAGCACUGUGGUUAAGAGAAACGGUGCGCACCAAGUAAAAUCACACAAUCGAGUCCUGCUUUUAAUCCGAGGAGGCGCGUGCAGUGGCGAAAAAAGGCUGCUCGCAUGUAGUUUAAUACCCAGGCAGCCUUCACAUGCUCAGAGGCCACGCGCCCACACACUGGCUCAAACUGCUUUGGGACACGUGCCUACGAAGGGCUCUUGCGCCUUGAGCAGAGACCGGGCAGGAAAGAAUCCCUGGAGAAAGAAACCGAUCCCUGGAGAAGCGAACACAUCGCCUGUGUUCAUGGGCGUAGCCAGGAUUUUUGUCGGGGGGGGGGGGCAGGCCUUUUGUUGGGGGGGGGGGAAAGAGCUUGUUACCCUUUCUGUUGUGCGUGCGCGCUAGGCUUAUGUAAGGCCUUUGGACAAAAGUGUCCUCUGUCACAGGUGAGCGACAUCCCGUCAGUUUCUCUUUCGAAGCGCUGCCUCGUCCAGGUGGGCUUGUGGCGAGAGGGAGAGCCCGCUCCGGCCUUUGGGGACAGAGCAAGUGGGGAGCCAUCAAGGGGAUUUCUGGUGGGCUUCGCGUUGCGGCGCCCAAGCGCGCCGUUUCUUCCUCUUGCCCCAAAGGCGCGCAAGGAGCAGGCGUCACCUCGGUCUCUUUCCCGACACCUGAGAUCCCCGUGGUGAUGCGAUCCCCCCUCUCCCGCUGGGGCAGGAGGAGCGAAUCCCCUUUACGUGCUGGCGGUGUUGCCCGCCGUGGGACCCCCAGAACCACGCACGUCGGGCCAGAAAUCCCCCUCGGCCUCUGAGCCGGAAUUUUGCGUGGUGGGAAAAUAAUUCUGCCUGUGUGGAAAUGUGUUGAGCGCUGGGCGCUGGCGAGACCGAGUGGAGCGAGAGCUUUGGGCGCCUGAGCGCAGGUUAGGAGGCCAGAAAAACCCUCUCGGGUCUUUUCCCCGAACCGCACACUUACUCGAAAGUAAACCCCUCCGAACGUCGGCGAGACUUGACAGUGUCUCUUAGGCUAGCGGGCGACGUAGGGCCGCGCGCGCAAAUGCGAUUCUCCUUCUUGCGCGCCUAAUCCAAAGAUCGAUCGAUCUGUCUAUCUCUGCCUUGCAGUGAGCGAGCUGGAGGAGCAGGCGGGAGCCGCGCGGCGCGAGCCAUGGCUGAGGGGACGCCAGUUCCCCGCGGCGGAGACGUCUGGGAAAUCGACGUGGAGAGCCUGGAAGACGCGGACGGGAUGGAGCCGCCGCCGCCGCCUCCUGGCCCUCGACUGGAGGCUGUCGAAGACGACGACGCUGACGAAGAAGAGGAGGAAGAGGAGGAUGGCGACGAAGAGGACGACGACGACCGCGAGGAAGACGAAGGAGCGGGCGGGCGCGUUCUUCUGCCUCCGCCGCCUCCGCCACCCCGCACGCAGCCGCCCGUUGAGGCGGCGGUUUCUGGGGAGCCGCCUGCGCGCAAGCUGAGCCGGACGCCCAAGUGCGCGCGCUGUCGCAACCACGGCGUGGUGUCGUGCCUCAAGGGCCACAAGCGCUUCUGCCGCUGGCGGGACUGCCAGUGCGCCAACUGCUUGCUGGUGGUGGAGAGGCAGCGCGUCAUGGCCGCGCAAGUGGCGCUGCGCCGGCAGCAGGCCACCGAGGUGAGCGCCCGGCCCGGGGACCCAGCGGAGAGCUCUUCCCCCAGCCCUAUGUCCCGCUUCUUUUCUGCUUUGCAAAGUGGGGGGGAAGCUCCGCAAAUACCCCCUUUUCCCCCCGUUUCUUUCCCUACAAAGGCAACCAGGUGGAAUGAAGGGGAUGCCUCGCUUUCAGGACGAUGCAAACUGCUAGCCGCUAUUGCGAGCUGCCAUCUAAACGGCCUUUGCUCAGAAAUAAUUCUAUUUCCUGCCGUGGAUCUUCGCCCUACUCGAAAGCAUGGAAAUGUCACUUCCAAGCCAACCGGUCCAUAGGACGGGUGGGGGUUGUGUGUUUGGCAUUUAAUUGGCAGUGAACCGGUGGUGGCUCACUCUGGCCUUAAGGUGGCAGGACCGGGGUCUACUUAAUGCGCAUCUGGGUCCCACAUUGACCAGGUCUGUCCGGCCUGGCUGAUGCGACUUCACUCCGGGCACGAGGACUUGAGCGACGAGCUCUCCCUGCUGCUAUGCACCUCUGCCUUGUCUGCGAGGAUUUUCCAGCCUUCAGAGAUGAUUCAAUUAAAGGCGCGAUAGGCACAAUUCCUUUGCCAAGCCAAUCCAGACCGUAGAAUCUGGGUUUGUUGCCAAACGAAUCCAGACUGUAAAAUCCAUUUUACAGUCGACAUUUCCCCGCUUAACGUUGUUUUUAGCUUGCUCCUCAGGAACUUGAGCACUUUUCUUAAAACACCCUCCUAUACGCAGAAUAUCUCAAUCAAAUGUGGAGUCACUUUAAUUUUCGAUCUAGCAGCGUUAAUCUCUGUCAGAUCUUUGUCAGUCAGUGUUUAACAAAAUGAAGUCUGCCAUUAGAUUUUUUUGGGGGGAAGUGAUGAAUCAUGCACAAUUAGCCCCCCCCAAUUUAAAUUUUCAAGAAUGCAGUAUUCAUUUUCCCUUGCCCCUCUGGUCUUUUCUGGAACACCCUGAAUUUGAACACAUUCAACAUUUCCCAGACAAAUUCAGCUGUCUUUAAUGUUAUUUCAUUUGCAGAGCUAAACACACUUAAUUUUUUCCUGUCAGCAGCUGAUGUUUAAGGUUGCAAUCCCAUGUAUAUUUAUUGAGUAUAUUUAUUGCACUUGUACACUUCUGAGUAUGCAGGUAAAGGAGAAUAUACUGUAUGCAUGACCCUGGCUAGAUAAUUGUCCUUGCUCUUCUUCAGAAGCCGAGUGCUAAGCUAUGCUUAGAGUCAUAGUUUGACACCUGGGCCCUAAACACUUUGACUUGAAAGUCCCUUCUUUCUAAAUAAUGUGUUUAGAGCAUGCGUAAGUGUUGAAGAAUACUCAUACAAAUCAGGGCCAAUUAUUCUCACGACUAUUACUAUUAACGAACCCUAAUUUAUGAAUUUGGAAAAGUUGUUUUCCUAUUCUUUCAUAUCACAAUUUUAAAAAGAGUACAACAGGGAUUCAUCAGGGGGUAAGAAAUAAUCUGCGGAGCUGGUGAUUUUAAAACUUCAUUCCCCCCCUUUUUUUACUAGGAUAAGAAGGGGCUUACAGGGAAACAGGCCAACUUUGAGCGCAAGGCAGUCUAUCAGAGGCAAGUACGGACACCCAGUUUGCUGGCAAAAAGCAUCUUAGAAGGUAAUACACUUCAGCACUUUGAACUUUUCAGUUUUUAAAUAUCUUGGUUAUUGUUACUGAAAUAUUCAUCUUUUGCAUUUCCCUUUAUUAAUUUGAAUGUAGAAGAUUUCAGGAAGUUAGACGAAGAAACCCAAUUGUAACAGCUAACUCAACACAGAGUCAGAUUCACUUAAGUCCACUGAUUUUAGUGUGCUUAAGCAGAAGAGAUUCAGUGUGGGAUCAUGGCUAUACAUGUAAAAAAACCAAAACACCCUAUAGAUGCUGCUUGUAUGGCAAUUUGUUGAUGACUGCAUCAUGAGCACAGAAGGAACUGGAAUCAGCCGAGGACAAUAUUCAUAAAUGCAUUCUAUUCUGCUGGAAAGAAUCAUGCAGGUCACUUAGCAGUUGGUUGAGGAGCUAAACAAAUGUCAACACUAACAUGGAAAUGCAGAAAAUACUGAGGAAAAACAAAAGGAAACAAAUACUUGGCGCAAACAACUUCUAAUUAACAGCAAUGAUGGCUCAGUAAACUAAUCCCUGACCUCCACCAAGCCAUCCCUGUCAAAUAUGUCCUGCAUUUUAAUUCUACCACCUUCUGCUUGGAUUUUGGUCUGUUGAUUGUCUGAUCAGGGAAAGUAUUUUGAGAAUUUGAAUGUAAGAGAUCCUUUGUUUUUGAAAAAACAAACCAACCAAGAAUUUAUUAUCUGGGGAAACUGUAUCUUUAACAAAUGUUCCAAAUUUUAAAAUAGAAACAAAAGCUAAGCUAGUAUAAUGUGAAAAUUAAUAUACUAUGACAAUAUUUGAAGUUUUGUUUUUCCUUUAAUAGAAAAAUGGUUAGUUAUAUUUAAUGAUUUCAAAACAAGCUCAGCUAUUGGGAAACGAGCCCAUGAGUACAUUUUUUUUUUAAAAAGUGAUGCACAUUUUACUAAUCUGUGGAUUUAGACUUGUAUGGCAGACAUUGGUGAUGAAAACCAAUUCCUGUCCAAGUCAGUGACAAAAAAACCUACUUUUGAUUUUGCUGCAUCUCCAUUGCAACUUUACAACGUACAGUAACAUUCCUGUGCACAUUUAUUUGGGAGCAAGUUCUGCUGGACUUCAUAGGACUUACCUGUGGAUAUAGAAACAAAGGACUGGGCUAUGUAUGUACAGUGGUACCUCGGGUUAAGUACUUAAUUCGUUCCGGAGGUCCAUACUUAACCUGAAACUGUUCUUAACCUGAAGCACCACUUUAGCUAAUGGGGCCUCCUGCUGCUGCCGCUGGAGCACAAUUUCUGUUCUCAUCCUGAAGCAAAGUUCUUAACCUGAAGCACUAUUUCUGGGUUAGCGGAGUCUGUAACCUGAAGCGUAUGUAACCUGAAGCGUAUGUAACCCGAGGUACCACUGUAUGUAUGUAUGUAUGUAUGUAUGUAUGUAGUUGCCUUAAGUCAAGGAUGGAGAACCGUUAGCUCUCCAUAAGUUGUGGGACCACAGCUGCCACCAUCCCUGACCACUGAGCAUGCUGGCUGGGGGUGAGGGGAGCCUGGCAGCAACGGCAGGGACACAGCUUCCAUGUCCCGGCCGAAAUACUUGGGAAUAAAUGCCACUGAACUCGAACUCCAUUUUGGAGCGAAUAGGAUAGAAUGGGGCUGCUCAUUUCCUGUUCAACAGAGUGAAUAUUUUGUGAGCAGUCAAUAAUUUUUGGAUGCACCGUAAAAUAUAUAUGGGUUACACUAAGAGCCCUCCCAGAUAGUGGCUUAAUACCAUAAACAGCUCAUUCAGAUAUUGCAAACAGGUAACUAGCGACAGGGGUUAAAAUAAUGAUAAUAAUACUGGAUUUUUUCCAGAAUGGGUAAAACUGGAUUUAAAUGGAGAAAAACAGCAGGCUGUCACUCUGAUGCCAAUGGUGUUGUGUGGACAAUGAAGAAAAUGUCCAUGCAUGAGGAGCACCCAUCCCGCAACAAACUGCCAUAUGGAACCACCCCGAGGGCAAAAUAAAUACGAUCGCUUCCUGCUCCCAGACCAGUUUAAUAUAAAUUGUUAAGAUGCUGCCGAAUCUUUAAAAGCCGGCAGCAAAUGCAUCUAGCUUUGAUAGUUUUUAAAUGCAGCUCCGAGGUUAUGUGCCAUUAGAAAAAAAACCAAUGCAAAUUCUUAACUGAAGGGGCUCUGGUUUUUUUUGCCGGCCAAUGCCAAUUACUGAAAAUGGCUUGGAUAACUCAUCAUAUCUUUUCUUGUACAGUGGUACCUCAGGUUAAGUACUUAAUUUGUUCCGGAGGUCCGUGCUUAACCUGAAACUUAACCUGAAGCACCACUUUAGCUAAUGGGGCCUCUUGCUGCUGCCGCGCCGCCAGAGCCCGAUUUCUGUUCUUAUCCUGAAGCAAAGUUCUUAACCUGAAACACUAUUUCUGGGUUAGCGGAGUCUGUAACCUGAAGUAUAUGUAACCUGAGGUACCACUGUAUUGGAAUCUCAAGUUUUUUGAAUAACGUCUGCAAUUACCGUAUUUUUUGCUCUAUAGGACGCACCCGACCAUAGGAUGCACCUUGCUUUAGAGGGGGAGAACAAGAAAAAAAAAAUCUCCCCCUCUCUGUGCAGCGCCCCUUCAGCGAAGCGGCAGGGGAAACGGAGCCCCUUCCAUUUCUCCUCCCGUUUAGCUGAAGGGGCGCUGUGCCUUAGCUGAAGGGGCACCUACCCUUCAGCGAAAGGAACCCGAAGCCUCCGGAGCGCAGCGGGAGCUCCCACUGCACUCCGGAGGCUUCAGGUAGCUAUCCUUGAAGCCUGGAGAGUGAGAGGGCUUGGUGCGCACUGACCCCUCUUGCUCUCCAGGCUUCAGUGAAGGCAACCUGAAGCCUCCGGAGCAUGGCGGGAGCGCUCCAACGGCGCUUUGGAGGCUUCGCGUUCCUAUCACUGAAGCCAAGGUGCCUGCAUUCACUCCAUAAGACGCACACACAUUUCCCCUUAAUUUUUGGAGGGGAAAAUGUGCGUCUUAUAGAGCAAAAAAUAUGGUAAUAACCAAGCCACUUAGAGAAGGGAGAUCAUGAAGACAGUUGGUGAACUUCAGCAGUGUCUGUGGGCGAGCAGAAUGGACUUCUGCUCAUGGAGUGGGACUUUAUCUUCCUCCCCUCCCCUCUGUAGCCCCCGAACUCCCCCAAUCUGCUCCAGAGAUUGGAGGACUUUGUGGAGCUGAUUUGGGGGAUUCUGGAAGAGAGCAGAGGAAGUCCUGCUGUAUGAGUGGAAGAAUAUUAAUCUAAUGUUGGAAGUUUGGGAAAGUAAAGGUUAUUAGACUGAGUUUGCGCUUCCAGAUUAGAAUACAAUCCUAGGUCUGUAUAGAUUCUUUUUAUCUGCCUCCAAUGUUUUUAUUUUUGUCUCAGUAUUCACUCACUCUCUAACAUACUGUCUCCCCAAGAGAAAAAUCUUUCUUGCAUCCCUUUCCCUUAUUUGUCUUAACUUUCUUUCUCUUCUCUCCUAGUAUUCCUUGGACUUUUUUCUACCAUCUCUGUGCACAUAGUGAUUCACCUUUAGAAAAUAGAAAUGCACCAGCUAUUAGGUAUAGAUAUCUUUGGUGAUGAUAUUAUAAGUCCCUCAACAAAGAAACAGAAACAAUAUAAUAACACGGGAAUGUGAAGAACCUCUCUUAAUGUGUGUGUGUGUGAGAGAGAGAAAGAGAGAGAGAGAGAGGUUAGCAGCGUGACUUUGGGCAUGGUGAAAAUCGGUGUGGGUGAUGACAAAACCAUGUGCUUGCUUGCACUUUCCAUUUCUGCACCUCCUAUAUAAUGUCAGAAGAACAACGUGCAUCUCUUCCUCCCUAGUGAGAUGCAUGAACUUCUGGCCUGAAGACGGCUCAUGCAUGUUGCACAUUCAAAGGACAUGUCACCCCUCAAAGAAUUCUGGGCACUGUAGAUUGUUAAGAGUUGCUUGGAGUUGUAACUCUCUAUUAUUUGAUGGAAUGAAUGUCCUUUGAGUACGCUUGAAAGGUAUAUUGUGCAUCUGCAGCUUAUUGUGGAGGAAGGUUAACAAGUUUUGCUUUGGAUGAUACUCGGGAAGCGUGUCAAGAAGAGCUCACAUCGACUCAUAAUUAUGAAGCCACCAAUUGAUAAGGAUAGCAGGAAAUUGUCACAAAUGUUUCAAAGUGCUGUACACACCACAACAAAACCUUAGUGAGAACUGAGGGCACCAAUGACCAAGCAACAAAUACUUGGCUCCUUCAAUUUGGUAACUCUUUUAACAUCCUACUCGACCCUUUGAUAAAAAGAACACUUUUUUUGGAUAAAUAGCUGACUCCAUCUUUGUUUCUGUUUUCCUUUCUCUGCAGGUUACCGUCCUAUUCCAGCAGAUCCCUACCUUGGAGGGAAUUCAUCCUUGCCACCUCCUGUGAGUGACAGGAUGAGGAAAAGGCGGGCUUUUGCUGAUAAAGAAUUGGAGAAUAUCAUGCUGGAGAGGGAGUUCAAAGAAAGAGAAAUGAUGGAAGCGACCCAAGCGGCGGCCUUUUUCCUGCCUAACCGCAUGGUGCAUGGGACUGAAUACAACACUUACAAAACUGCCUUUAGCCCUAACCACGUCGAAGCUCCCAAUAAGGAGUUUUGUGGCUUCCUCCCCACUUGCUUGGAUCUAACAAUGCAAUAUUCAGGUUCAGGGAACAUGGAACUGAUUUCGUCCAAUGUCAGUGUCGCCACUACGUACCGGCAGUAUCCUUUGCCCUCCAGGUUCCUGGUGUGGCCAAAGUGCAGCCCCCUGAACGACGCUCUCCUCUACCAACAGUGCCUGCUCAACGCUACCGCUGUCCAGUCCCUCAAGCCUGGGGCGAUUUGGGACCCCAAGGCUUCGCAAGGUCAGGACUGUCCGAGCUCGGAGCAUGAUUUGAUGUCGUCCAAGAGCGAGCCCUCCUUCCUGCUUCCUCAUGUUAGAGAAAUCCAGCCGCCUCAAAAUGAACUCCAGAAUCUCCCUCAGGUGACUUGUGACAGGUCGGCCUUCUCGCCUCCUAAGAGGACUUUUUCUCAGAUCUCUGACAAGGACACUCUGGUCCCGCAGGAACACUCGCUCUGUAAGAUCAGCAAAGAAAGCAGCAAGCAGCAUCCGUCGCCCCCCGGCAAAUAUAGUCCUUUCCAUUCGCUCUUCCAGCAGACACUCCACAGCAAAUCGGGGCCGGAGUUAAAAGCAACAUUGGACGAGGCCUCCAAGAAAUACAGAGAGUCCACCAUCAAAGAAAACCAAAAAUACAAGCUUGCCAUUGACAAAUAUGCAAAAGACUUUUUGGGGACGAAACAAGCCAUGACCAAAUUGUCAACCCAUGAACCCCUGUCGUUUUCGGUCGAAUCGAUUCUUAAACGGCCAUCUUCGAUGGUCACCAAUGUGUCUCAAUAGAGAGAGAGAGACUACUGUGAUAGCCAACCGACUGAAGGUAGUGUAUUUGCACUUAAGGUUACAAUCCGAAUCAUAUGUACAAGGAAGUCCCUUUUAAAAUGAGUGGAACUUAUUCCUGUAUAAACAUGUUUGGAAUUUGGUUGCAAGAUACUUGAUACCCAAGUCCAGGAACAAAUUUGGAAGACGUUCCACUGAUUUUUGUUAGCCUUUAUUGCCAAGUAAAGGAGCUCAGGAUUAUAACUUUUGUUCUAUGGAUCUCAGCUGACUUCAGUACGGUUAAUAUAUUCUAAGUGCAGGUGCCCUUUCUUAAACCAUUUUUGGGUUGGCUGCUCCCACAGUUUUUAAUGUGAAGAUUACUGCCAUGCCCGUUUGCAAUGUUGAGCCGUUGCUGUAUCUCACC